AUGGAAGAUGAUAUCGCUGCUCUUGUGAUUGACAAUGGUUCUGGGAUGUGUAAAGCUGGAUUUGCUGGCGAUGAUGCUCCACGCGCUGUUUUCCCUUCAAUUGUCGGUCGCCCCCGCCACCAAGGAGUAAUGGUGGGUAUGGGCCAAAAGGACUCUUAUGUUGGGGAUGAAGCUCAAGCCAAGCGAGGCAUUCUCACCCUCAAAUAUCCCAUUGAGCACGGAAUCGUUACAAACUGGGACGAUAUGGAAAAGAUUUGGCAUCACACCUUCUAUAACGAACUUCGUGUUGCUCCCGAGGAGCACCCAGUGCUUCUCACCGAGGCUCCACUCAAUCCCAAGGCCAACCGAGAAAAGAUGACGCAAAUUAUGUUCGAGACAUUCAAUACUCCUGCCUUCUACGUUUCGAUUCAGGCCGUUCUCUCGCUGUAUGCGUCCGGUCGCACUACUGGUAUUGUGCUUGAUUCCGGUGACGGAGUGACGCAUACGGUUCCAAUUUACGAGGGAUUCUCCCUUACCCAUGCUAUCCUUCGCCUUGACCUAGCUGGCCGGGACCUAACUGACUACCUCGUGAAGAUUCUCACAGAGAGGGGUUACUCUUUCACUACAACCGCCGAGCGUGAAGUAGUGCGGGAUAUCAAGGAGCGACUUUGCUAUGUUGCACUUGAUUUUGAGCAAGAUCUUACUACCGCAGCUCAAAGCUCUCAGAUGGAAAAGAAUUACGAGCUUCCAGAUGGCCAGGUAAUCACAAUCGGUAACGAACGGUUCCGCACUCCCGAGGCGUUAUUUCAGCCUUCUUUCCUUGGAAACGAGUCGAGGGGAGUCCAUGAAACUAUAUACAACUCUAUCAUGAAGUGCGACCUCGACGUUCGCCGAGAUCUCGCAGCGAAUAUAGUCCUAUCCGGAGGAACUACCAUGUACCCCGGUAUUGCCGAUCGUAUGCAAAAGGAGCUAACUGCACUUUUGCCCUCAAGCAUGAAAGUCAAGAUUGUUGCACCGCCUGAGCGCAAGUAUUCAGUAUGGAUUGGUGGAUCGAUUCUUGCUUCCCUGUCAACAUUCCAGAACUUAUGGUGCUCUAAGCAAGAGUACGAUGAGUCUGGACCCGGGAUCGUUCAUCGUAUCAAUAUUGCAAUCAUUGGAGCCGGUAUUGGCGGGAUCACUGCGGCAAUUACAUUACAGAACAAGCUCGGUCUCUAUGAUUAUACGAUUUAUGAGUUGGCACCAGAUAUAGGAGGCACUUGGAGGCAAAACACGUACCCGGGCUGCGCAUGCGAUGUACCUGGACAUUGGUACUCCCUGUCGUCUGAGCCUAACCCCGACUGGUCGCGCUCAUUCGCACCCCGGGAAGAGAUUUAUCAAUACUGGAAGGGUCUCGUCAACAAACAUAGCAUAGAGCCUCAUAUCAAGUUCAACACCGAGUUUGUAUCGGCGGCAUGGAACGAAAAGGAUAAAAGCUAUACCAUGCGUCUUCGAGAUGUCAAGACUCAUCAAGUAAAGGAAGUCAGAGCAAAGAUCGUCAUAUCUGCAGUAGGCUAUUUCAACCACCCUCGUUGGCCAGAUGUUCCGGGACGAGAAACGUUCGAGGGCGAUUUAUUGCACGCUCAAAUGUGGGAUCAUAGCGUACCUUUGAGCGGGAAACGCGUUGCGUUGAUUGGGAACGGGUGCUCCGGGGCCCAGAUCCUUCCGGUGAUCUCGGAAGAUAGCUCCACCAAGGUAACGAACUUUUGUCGCACCCCAUCCUGGUUUGUACCAAGGGAUAACGAGCCACUUCCAUAUUGGCGAAAAUGGUGCUUCCGACACGUCCCAUACGCGCUGAAAAGUCUACGGCACCUAAAUCUGGCAAGAAGUGAAGUAUAUUAUCAACAAUUCAAAUUGUCUUCUUUUGGAAAUUACUUCCGGAACUUGAUACGAAAUUAUAUGACCGAGUACAUCAAGAGUGUCGCCCCAGCACAGUAUCAUCAAUAUCUUAUUCCGAAUUAUGAAAUGGAAUGGGAUCCUAUUGCAAAGAUACUUCCGGAUGGUAUCGAAACUGUGUCGGGGCAUAAACACCAGUUUGAUGUCAUAGCAUUCGCUACCGGGUUUGAUAUUGCACAAUCACUUGUGUUUGAUGUGACUGGAACGAACGGUCAGCGGCUUCAAGAGUAUUAUGAUCGAGAAGGAGGUCCAACUGGAUACCUGGGCACCACCAUUCCCGGUUUCCCAAAUUGGUUCACGGUGCUAGGACCAAACACUGUGACUGGUCAUUCAUCGGUUAUUUUUGCCGAAGAGCUCCAGAUGGAUUACAUUAUCCAACUUCUUCGACCGAUUUUGGCGGGUGAUGUCAAGGGACUCAUGCCUCGUGCUGAUUCAACUCGAGCUUGGAACAAAUGGGCUCAGUCCAAGCUAGGAAAUCAUGCAAGUAACCCUGGAUUCGCACUUGACGGAAAAAACGGAAAAAACUUUACGAUUUGGCCAGGCGGAAACUUGCACAUGUGGUGGUCACUCCGCAAGCCUGACUGGAAAGAUUUCGAGGUUAUAGGAGACAAUAGCUGGGUACUCAAACGCCGGAUUUUGGAUAUCAUUUCCUCCACGGCUCAGGUUGGCGUGAUAUCAGCCAGUAUUGCAGCUCUGGUGCUUGCUAAGACCGGUAAUUGGGAUGCGUUUGCAAAAGCGAUCCAGGGAAGACUUGGAGAUGGCCUUGAUUGGUGCCGCAGGUUGGUAUCGGUGUAG